AUGGGGGAUUCCUGUGAUGUGUCUUUGACUCCUAACGACGGUGAUAUACCGGGCUCUGUACCUGUCCUCAUCAUCGGUGGAGGUCCCGUCGGCCUCACACAGGCACUCCUAUUGUCACGACUUGAUAUCCGCUCACUGAUCAUCGAACGCUAUCCUGGGCGUCUGGGAGCGCCUAAAGCGCAUGCGAUCAACCCGCGAUCUUUGGAAAUCCUACGACAAUAUGGCCUAGGCGAGAAGCGUAUUCGUCAUCUUGGUACCGCUCGUGCUGAUGGAUGUUGGGUCAACUUCGUGACCAGCCUGUCUGGCGAGGCGGUUGGCAAGAUUCCCUAUGAGCGCAUGGAUGUGGCCGUGUUAGAGGAUACUCCAGAAAUGAUUCACAACCUUUCGCAGCCAGCCUUGGAAGAAGAACUUACUAGACUUAUUGAGAAUGAUCCGAACAUCACGCUUAAGAAAGGAUACAGUAUCCAUGCUGUGCUACAGGGUGAAAAUGAGGUCAUCGCAACUGUCAAAGAGACUCGGGGCGAAAAUAUCCGUGAGAUUACAGCCCGGCAUAUGAUAGCCUGCGACGGCCAAAAAAGUCGAGUCCGUGAACUUCUGGAAAUUCCUUCAGAGGGCGAGGACUCAGAUCAAACAAUGAUGACCAUCCACUUCAACGCCAAUCUACGACCCGUGGUUGGCGAUCGUGUUGGUAUGUUAUAUUGGAUCAUGGACCCUAUCGCAGCAGGUUUCAUCAUUGGCUACGAUCUGAGCGGUACCCAAGUUCAUAUUAGUGAAGUUGAUACUUCUCAGUACCCCUUGGAAUCAUGGACUGAAGAGAUGUGUCGGGAGAAAGUUCUUGCCGCCAUCGGCCAGGAUGUUCCAUUCGAUAUUUUGAGCUUUCGCCCAUGGAUCUUCCGGCGACAGAUUGCAAGAACGUUCCAAAAGGGCAAUAUCUUCCUCGCUGGGGAUGCAGCUCACUCUUUCCCCCCAACCGGCGGAUUAGGGUUGAAUUGUGGCAUCGCAGAUGUACACAACCUAGCGUACAAGAUCGCCAUGGUUCACCAUAAGGUGGCGAGUGCAUCUAUUCUCUCAACGUACACGUCUGAGCGUCGGAGUAUCGCGGACAAUUACUCCAGACAGAGCGUUAAGAAUGGAGAGCAAAUCUUUACCUUGGUGAAGAGUUUAAACAUGGCAGGCGUGCAGGAUGUUACAGAGGCUCGGAAGAACAUCCGUGAAGCUUUGAGGGAUUCCCAACAGCGGGAGCAGGUUGCUCGGGGAAUCGAGGGGCAAAGGGAACAUUUUGACAAUCUUGAGCUUCACAUUGGAUAUAUGUAUGGAUCAGAUCGGCCACCUGCUCACGCCUCAUUUUACCACCCGAAGUUCAGUGCAGGAGCUCGCCUGCCCCAUGUCUGGAUCUCAUUUGCAGACUCAACUCGAUCAAACACAUCUACAGUGCGCCUAGAGCCGAUAGAUAUUUCCUAUGUCACGGAGCUCAGUGCAGCUCAAAUCAGCCAAUGCCAGUGGAGUACACUGGAUUUGUGCAGCCCAGAGUCUUUUACUUUGAUUAUAGGUGAGCAGGAGAGCCCAGAGAACACCCGUUUCUCGGCCGUCGAGAAGCACUUUGACGACAGGAAGAUCCCAAUCAAUGUGUGGCGCCUUGGAGAGAACUUUGACGUGGUGCGACAGUCGUGGUUCGCUUCGGAAAUAUACGGCGGAGGACUCUUGAUUCGACCUGAUCAACAUAUUAUGAUCAGAAUCUCUGGCCUCACAGGGAGCGAUGAAAUUAUUUCGGUGCUAGACAGUCAUCUAGGCAUAUAG